ACAGACGACGACCGGCUGUGGCGUUAUGCGCGUGCAGCUCUGCACUGAACCGCGCGGCAGGUGCACGAGGACGCGUAAAAGCCAGCGUGCGCGCGCACUGGACGCACAUACAGAUAAUGCUUGCUCUUAGUGUGUGAACUCUGCUAUAACUCAGAUUCAGUGCGAGACUCGAACACGUCCAGUGUUCUGGAAUAACGUUUUUAUUUCUCCACGUGGAUCGUGUCUGUGUGUGUGUGUGUUUGUGUGUGUGAGGGGGAGGGACCACAGAAGAACGAGAAAACAGAAAAAAGAUUCAACCAUGCCGCCUGGAUUUCAUCAGCUUGGAGGAGAGAGAAUAACUGGAACACUUGCACUGUCAGUGUUCACUGCAGUUUUGGGCUCGCUUCAGUUUGGAUACAAUAUUGGAGUCAUCAAUGCUCCUCAGAAGAUUAUUGAGAAUGAGUAUAAUGCGACGUGGAUACACCGUUACUCAAAUUCCAUUCCAGAGUCCACACUCACGUCUCUCUGGUCCCUCUCAGUAGCCAUCUUUUCUAUCGGAGGCAUGCUCUCUUCUUUCUGCGUUGGAAUCAUCUCAGAGUGGCUCGGCAGGAGGAAAGCCAUGCUCAUCAAUAAUCUCCUGGCUUUCAUUGGUGGAGGCUUGAUGGCUCUGUCUAAACUCAGUAAAUCGUUUGAGAUGAUGAUUUUAGGACGCUUUACGAUUGGAGCAUACUGUGGGCUGGCAUCAGGACUGGUUCCCAUGUAUGUGGGUGAAAUAUCACCCACCAAUCUGAGAGGAGCUCUGGGCACACUACACCAGUUAGCCAUAGUCACUGGCAUUCUCAUUGCUCAGGUUUUAGGUCUGGAGACAUUGCUGGGCAGUGAGGAUUUAUGGCCUGUGUUAUUAGGCAUUACAGUGAUCCCUACAGUCCUACAGAUGGCAUUGUUGCCAUUCUGUCCAGAAAGUCCUCGCUUUCUUUACAUUGUCCGCUGCCAGGAGCACCAUGCCAAAAGUGGUCUGAGGCGUCUGACUGGACGGAUGGAGGUGAGUGAUGACCUAGCAGAGAUGAAGGAGGAGAAGAGAAGGAUGGACAUGGAGAGAAAGGUGUCUAUUGUGGAGCUUUUCCGCUCACCGCUCUACAGGCAGCCCAUCAUCAUAUCCAUCCUGCUCCAGCUCUCCCAACAACUGUCAGGAAUCAAUGCUAUUUUCUACUACUCAACCAGCAUAUUCCAGAAGGCUGGAGUGGAGAGCCCAGUCUAUGCCACAAUAGGUGCUGGAGUUGUAAACUGUGCCUUCACUGUGGUCUCGCUUUUCUUGGUGGAGAGGAUGGGCCGGCGGACGCUACACAUGCUAGGACUGGCCGGAAUGUGCGUUUGUGCAGUAAUCAUGACAAUUGCCCUCAGCUUAUUGGAAAGCGUGCCAUGGAUGAGCUACAUUAGCAUGCUCUCCAUCUUUGGCUUUGUGGCCUUCUUUGAGGUGGGCCCAGGACCCAUUCCCUGGUUCUUCGUGGCUGAGCUGUUUUCUCAAGGGCCCAGACCUGCAGCCAUGGCUGUGGCAGGAUGUUCCAACUGGACAGCAAAUUUCAUAAUUGGCAUGGGCUUCCAGUAUGUUGCCAACCUCUGUGGUCCGUAUGUAUUCCUCAUCUUUGCGGCACUCCUUCUGUUUUUCUUGCUUUUCACCUUCUUUCGAGUUCCUGAAACUCGAGGAAAGACUUUUGACCAGAUUUCUGCCAGUUUCAGUCACCGUUCUAAUAGUAUACUGGACCGGGAUCUGAGCAUGGAGCUAGUAAAGCCCAGUACAGAGCUGGAGGACUUGGGAGCAGACAGCUCAGAGCAGUAAGAACCAGCAGGUGAAGAGUCUGAUCUAGGGAUACAUACCAGAACAGACACCUUACCCUCUGAUUAUGUUUGACGAGAGCUGAAUGUAUAUGAACGAAGGGAGAAAGACUAAAACAAUGCUGCUGAUUGUUACAAUGUUUGAUAAGAGUGUUUCAGAGAGACUCGGAUUACUGCACUUUAUCUGCACAACAAUGGUUGCCAGUUAUAUUUGUAUAUUUUUAUUUACACUGACACAGUCCGCUAUUUUCCUUAAUACUGACAUAUUCAAGAAUUUCUAAGAUCUUCAAAGGAAUAUAUAACCUUUUUUUUUUAUUCUACCACAAGUAUUACCUUGUCUUCGAGAAACAGAUCAAGGUUAAAAUAAAUCAGAAAACCAUGCAGAUGAAUUUUGUAAUUGUUUUUGGGCAGUCCCAUCAGAGGCUUUACUCCAACUUGUGCUUUAAGUAGAUUUUAAAUAUAAUACUUCUGUAUUUGAGGUGAGAAAAAUUAAUCGUUUAAAGAUUUAGACCAGAAAAAAAGUACAGUAGGGCUUAAUAUGUAGUGAUUUGACUUUUAAAAAAAUGGUAAGAGUAUUAAAUGGUUAAAAUGUUUUGUUUGCUACAGUAAUUGAUUUUAUGUGAGUUGAUAACGGACAAGAUUUUUAUUUUGAAAUGGAAAAAAACAAAGGACCUAUUAUUUUAGUAAUUGAAACCAUGUUUAGUAUAUAUGGCAAGUAUAACAUAUAUAUAAAAUGUCAUACUUGGUAAGUUAUGAGUAGUUUGACAAUAGUGAUCUGUGUGUGUCGUUUGUCAUGUUUGCAAUAAAAAAGACGACAAUGAGGUGUUGCAUGCACCUUUGAUCUAAUUAACGGUUCAUUAAUUUAUUUAUAUUGUUUUAUUGAAACUGCCCAUUGAAAGACAUUAAACACUAAUUUUGCCCUUA